AUGGGUAGUGCGGUGUGCAAACCAACUGAUGAAGCGAUUCGACAGAAUCAAAAAAUCGACAACGAACUUCGCAAGGAUGAAAAGGAACAACAAAAGAAGAUCAAGUUUUUGUUGCUUGGUAUUUCGGAUGCUGGAAAAAGCACCAUUGUGAAACAAAUGAGGUGAGUUUAAGGGGAGGUCCAUGGACCAUCUGCUUCUAGGAACGGGAUGAGCAGAUGUUUAGAAUUUCAAGAAUACAGAGGGAGAUUGGAGGGAUGAUUUUUAGAAAACAAAAAAAAAUUGAUGAAAAUAUGAAAUCAAGAGCUACAAAAAAUAUUAUUGACUUUUCAAAAAUGGGUUACUAUAGUGAGGACAACAGACAUCGGUAUGAUAAUUUUCUAAUAUCAAAUAAGCAGAAUACAAAUAACGAUGUUUGAGUUCCGAAUAAUUUUUUUUCUCAAUAAUUUCCAGACAAAUCCACGAUGGUGGUUUUAAUGAUACUGAAAUAAUCAACGCGAUUUUCCAAAUCCGCCAAAACAUCAUCGAGGCUUUCAAACAAGUCAGCAUUCUCAUUUUGAAAAAUGGUUCGAAAAUUGCGGAGAAUGAAAAAGCUGUUCUCAAUGUUUUCGCCUACGAAACUUCAAAAGUUGAAAUGAUGAAUGAGACCGAUGAGUUGACUUAUCUCAAUGAUUUCCGUUUUUUUGAAUGUAUCAUGGACUUUUUCCGGACCAAUAAAUGUCAUCCAAUGGUUCCGGAUAACAUUUUCUAGUGAGUUGGAAUAAUCUCCCGCAACAUUCUCGAAAAAAAAUUGUUUUGUAGCUUCUUCCCGGAACUCCACCGUAUCUUGGUGACCAACUAUGUUCCAACAAUCCAAGAUAUGAUUCAUAUGCGUGCAACAACUCUUGGAGUUCAUGAAAUCUCUUUCGAUUUCCGUAAACACGUCAUCAGGUUUAACCAAACGUCAUAAAAACAUGUUUUCAUAAAACUCGCAUCAUUUCAGAUUGAUCGACGUCGGUGGCCAAAAAACCGAAAGACGUAAAUGGAUACAUUUUUUCGAAGGCGUGACUGCCGUUAUGUUUGUCACUUCGCUUUCCUGCUUUGAUCAAUUUGUUUUGGAUGACACCGCGAGAACUGAAAUUGAGGAGGAAGGAAAAGCGACGGAUUCUUCGAAUCCUGUCGUUUUAGUUUCGGUGAAAAUUACAGAUUGCAAAAAUACAAAAAUAUUUUUUUUAAACAUAUAAAAUAAAUUGAAAUCAAAUUUUUUCAGUGGGAAACAUCAUUGAACCGCAUCGAGAAUCGUGUUCUCAUUCGCUCUGCUAGCAGCGAUGCUUCAAAACUUCUCAAUCGUCUCCAAGAUUCGGUUGAACUCUUCAAAUCGGUUCUCAAGAACAAUUUCCUUCAUCGCAGCUGCUUCAUGCUUUUCUUGAACAAGAAAGACGUUUUGGAACACAAAUUGAAGGCUUUGAAAUUCAUCGACUAUUUCCCAGACUAUUCCAAAUAUUUGAUCCCGGAUAAUCAAUUCAACACUGUCACUUCGUACAUUGACAACAUGUUUAGAAAGGUAUAAAAAAGCGAAAAUUUAAUUAUUAUUUUAUUGAUUGUUUUUCAAAACAGGGCGCUGGUGGAAAUCAAAAAAUCUACUCGCACUACACCCAAGCUACUGACACCAAAAGCAUUGAUUAUGUCUUCAAUUCGGCUUGCGAUGUUAUUUUCCAACAAUAUUUGGAUAACGUCGAAUUGGAAUAA